AACCUAUGUAUACCAGAAAAACCGUUAUAUGUAAUAGAAAUUCCUGAAUCUUCUCUGGACCUGUCAAAGAAUAGGAGAAAACUAGAGGAAGAGGAUGGUGUCUGAAUAUAGGUCCUAGAAAAUAUCUGUGUCUCUUGUAAUCAUUGUAUACCGUCUCUAACAUGUUUUUCUUCGCAAAGUUUGUAUCACUAAUUUCUCUUUAACGGGGCAUUUCCUGGUGACCUCCAUUUACAAACAUUGCCGGCUCAUCGGCGAGCCCCGUUCUUCUUUCUUCCCCAUCUCCGAUCAGUAGAAAUAAAUACGAUUUAGAACUUCUGGCAACAAACAAAACGAAAAAAAAAAAAAAAACUAUUUCACGUUGUCGAAAAACGUGAAAAUAAAACUAUUUACAGGCAUGAGAAUACCAUGGAAUGUGGUGUCCUGGAUUCUUCUUGUCCUGUUCUACAACGGCACUGUCCAGACAUGUAAUGCUCAAGAUUACGACUCCCCCGGCACCACCACCCCUUCCACCCCUCCCGCCGAAAUCGACAAGUGCGAUGGCAUCUUCGCUUCCUACAUUUUCCAGGGAAGGGAAAAGGAGUAUCCCUUCGUCAAGAACGUUUCCGCUCAGGCGUGGUCUUUCCAGGCAAUGGCCACUGUGCUCAACACCGGCUCCCAGGAGCUGAAAUCCUGGAAGCUUUUCAUAGGAUUCCAGCAUCGCGAGCUGCUGGUUUCCGUUGACGGGGCUGUGGUUGUCGACGGUGACGAUUUUCCGAUCAGUGUGGGGAAAAACGGGACCACCCUGGCCGGAUACCCGAUGACCGAUCUGAAAACGGCCAUCGACACUGCUGGGGAUUUCACUCAGAUGCAAGCUCAGGUCAACAUAAAAGGGACGCAAUUUGGGCUCACGGCCAAAACUAUUCCGAUGCCCAAAUCGUUGAAGCUUAUGAAUGAUGGGUUCAAAUGUCCUGGAGCCACGCGUAAAGGUGGUUACAUGUACGUGUGUUGCAAAAAAGACCCGAAAUUCAAACUGAAGGUAGCGAAAACAAAGUUCUUCCCUCGGAAAUACGGUGAUCUCCAUUUCACGUACGAUGUUCUACGAGCGUACGAGAAUAAGUACCUGGCCCAGGUGACUAUUGACAACAACCACCCGUUGGGUCGUCUGGACCAGUGGAACCUGACAUGGGAGUGGAUGAGGAAUGAGUUCAUUCUCGACAUGAGAGGAGCAUACACGCACAGAAAAGACCCUGCAGAGUGUAUCUACGGUCCUCAGGGACAGUACUACCAAGAUUUCGAUUUUUCCACGGUGAUGAACUGCCAGAAGAAACCCAUCAUCUCCGACCUGCCGCCGGAGAUGCAAAACGACGACAAGGUCGGCAAGUUGCCCUACUGCUGUAAGGACGGCAUUUUGUUGCCCAAGACUAUGAAUGAGACGAAGUCGAGAGCCAUUUUCCAGGUGGACGUGUUCAAGCUCCCGCCCGAUCUGAACAGGACCGCUAUCUUCCCGCCCCAGAAUUGGAAGAUCGAGGGCCGGCUCAACCCGAGCUACAAGUGCGGCGCGCCCCAGAGGGUCGACCCGACCGAGUUCCCGGACCCGAGUGGGAUCGACGCCACAACGUCGGCCGUUGCCAGCUGGCAGGUGAACUGUAACAUGACUCGGCCGAAGCCCAGGCAGUCCAAGUGUUGCGUCUCCUACUCCGCCUACUACUCCGACGCUGCCGUCCCGUGCAGCACGUGCGCGUGCGGCUGCGACGGUGAGCGCCAGUGCGACGCCAACGCACCGGCAAUGCUCCUCCCGUCGGAUGCCCUGUUGGUGCCGUUCGCCAACAGGACGGCGAAGGCGCUGGCGCUGGCGAGGAUCAAGCACCGGGCGAUCCCGAAGAAGCUCCCGUGCCCGGACAACUGCGGUGUCAGCAUCAACUGGCACAUCGACUCCGACUACAAGAGCGGGUGGACCGCCAGGAUGACACUGUUCAACUGGGACGAGAUGGCGUUCGCCGACUGGUUCUCGGCGUUCCAGUUGAAGAAGGCCUUCCCAGGUUUCGAGAAGAGUUACUCCUUCAACGGGACGAAGCUGACGGGCAUCGACAGCACCGUCUUCAUGCAGGGGCUUCCGGGGCUGAACUACCUGGUCGGGGAGGUGAACGGGACCCACCCCGACCGGGACCCCCGGGUGCCCGGGAAGCAACAAUCGGUUAUCUCAUUUACGAAGAAGGGUACUCGGGGCAUGAACGUAGCACAAGGAGAUGGUUUCCCAACGAGAGUUUACUUCAACGGGGAAGAGUGUGCCCUCCCGAAAGAAUUGCCGAAAAGAAGUGGGGGCCAUCGUCUUUCGGGUGUUGCAUUGAUUCCGUCCGCCGUGCUCGUGGCUCUUUCGUUUCUGCUGUUGACUGUCGGCUUAAAUUGAGAACUUUUCGUCUGAUGGUAGUGCCCAAGUUUUUGUGAAACUCAGAAUCAAGUUUGUGUGUGUGUGUGUGUGUGUGUGUCGUCUGAAUUCAUUCAGUGGGAAAAGAAAGCAAUUACUUAAUGUUUGUAGCGAUUGAUUUAAUGGAAAAACCCAUUCUUAGUGUACUAUAUACAGAUUGACAUUUUAAUUUCUUAGCCAGUAUAGUUAAUUUUUUUUCCAGGUCUAUAUAUUCUUUUGUUCAAGCUUUUGGUUCAAACACAUCAU